CAAGACAAAAGCCUGACUACAUGGGAGAAACCUUGCAGGUUACUCAAGAACUAAAAUUCGCUUCUACAUAGAGACUGUGAAUCUUCAUUUGGUUGUUUUUAACGAGGUAGAAGUAGACAUUCUCGUCUAGUGACGGGGGUAAUAGGCCUGCACUCAGUGUAUACUCAAGAGAAAGAUCAACUCUGCUUCCUCUGUUCAAAUAACGGUAGAGUCCCACAAUGACCAUCUGGUGUGGUAUGUCAGUUAUGUUUUCUCGUGUGUUGAACUUAAAGUGACCGGUCUACACAACAUGGACGUUCACUGAGUGUCUUUACACGAGAGUCUUUACACGCAUUAGGGUCCCUGGGUCGAGAUCUUAACGAGUUGUCAUCAGGUCUUAACCAGAUGUCAUUUGAGUAUAUCGAGAUGUCAGAAUAUAUAAAAAUACCAUCAGAGUAUGACGAUAUGUCAUCAGAUCAUAACGAGAUGUCAUCAGAUCAUAACGAGAUGUCAUCAGAGCAUAACGAAAUGUCAGAACGUAUAAAAAUGUCAUCAGAGCAUGACGAUAUGUCAUCAGGUCAUAACGAGAUAUCAUCAGGUCAUAACGAGAUGUCAUCAGAGCAUAUCGAAAUGUCAUCGGAUUAUAACGAGAUGUCAUCAGGUCUUACCAAAACGUCAUCAGAUCUUAACGCGGUGUCAUCAGAUCAUAAAGAAAUGUCAUCAGGUCAUAACCUUAUGUCAUCAGAUCACAAAGAAAUGUCAUCAGGUCAUAACCUUAGGUCAUCAGAUCAGAUGUUGUUGACUUCAGAUGAUAACAAUGUGUCGUCUGACCAGAGCGUAACGUCAUCAAACCAUAACAAUAUGUCAUCACGUCAGAUUCGGUUGUCCUCUCGACAGGACCAGGACCCAGGAACUAACACAAGAGACAACCUUGACGUGCUACUUGAUAUCGUCAUACGAGCGAAUAGUCCAAGGUUCGACUCCAUGCCAGACAGCUGCUCAAAUCAAUCAAACAUUGAGAUCGAUGGCGCCUCAUUGAAUGAACCUGAACCCAAUCACACAGCCUUGCAAGAUACGUCGACAUGUAGCAGUGGUCAGCUAAGUCAAACUGAUGCGCAGACGUCUGCGAUUUGUGAAACAGACAUUGUAAGUAGAAACCUAUCCACUGACGUCACCCUACACGUAGAUGACGUCUCGUCACAUGAGUCAAAAUAUGCAUUAAGUGACAUCAGCACAUCAGUCGGUGACGUCACAUUGUUAAUGCCACCUGGCGGGACCAACGCCUCGCUCCCGCGCGUGGAUGACGUCACGUGUUUGUCUACACGCCACGCAGAACCAUCCAAUGAACCUCAGCAACAAGAGGACAAGGGCAGCCGUCUCAAACAGAAAACUACCAAGACCAAAAAGAAGACAACUACCCCUCAACCAGGAGGCAACACUCUAGCCGGCAACGAUAAACCACCAAAAAAGACAACUAGGAAAAGGCCAAAAUGUAAAAACAUCCCCGUACACUCGACUGUAACAAACAUCACCCGUCGGCCAAUGACCGCUGGCCCAUAUCAGACAGCUAGAACUGUAAAGCAGACGAUCAAAACGUUUGGUCUACAUCAAGACUUGACACGGAGCAACAACCACCGCAGUAUUUCCGCCAGCGCGCCUCCAAAAGUCUCAGCUCCAAAUUCUGCGAAAAACUCAAAAAAUCUCAAUGCAGAUGUCAAUCAUUCUAAAACAAACAGAAACUCGUUCACAAAGAACAAUAACUCUGAAGCAAGGGAAGUUAUUUAUAAACGUGAACCGGAAGUACCACACAUCAGAGCUGAUAUUUACAACCGUUACGCACGAGUCAACUCACACAAACGAUCGAUGCCCAUCCAAAAAACGUGCAUUGACUUCAGCAGACAAAAUCCUUUUGUCUCGCUUUUUGAGCGCCCGUACACGAGGAAUGAGCUCCGUUACGCUCUGCCCAAAACUCAUUUCUUCAGCUGCCACGAUAAGGCUCUCAAAGAUGCCGGCUACCAAGUCGAAGAUCGCGAUGUCCUGCGCAAGGCCGAAAGAACGAAAGCCAAGCUCGACCGGUUUUCGAAACUUUUUGCGCAACUUCAAAGUGGAAGUAACGACAAGGAAAGUAAUGAAAUAUCUACCGCUGUGGUUCCAGAGAUUACGUUACAUAAUUCAAACAACCUAGAAGUGAGCCGGGAAAAUUCUGACUUAGACGAAAACAAAGUUAAACCAGAUGACUUAAGUCCUGAGUUUGACAUGACGUGUGUGAGAAAACUGUCCAUGACGUCAGUAAACAAACGCCGGCCCGUGAGCGCCCUGCCGGAGUACAUCGACUGCCGGCCGUUGACCCUGUACCUGCAGUAUGUCAACGAGAACCGCGCCGAGUUUCUCAACUCGCUCCAGGGCUCGGCGUCACGUGACAAGUCCAACUUCCGGUUCAUCCAGCUCGGGCAGGCGUUUGAGCUGCGCCACCAGGGCGGACGGCCAAGGGAACAAGCAGACGACGCUCUGGUCGUGGCGGCCAAGGCCUUGAGGUCCCGCACGGCUUUCCCGCUCAGGAGCGGCAGGUCGCAGGCCAUGUGGUCUCAGGAGGCGUCACUCCGCGUGGGCCGCGGUGGGGGAGGGGAGGAAGAGCUGGUCAGGGUGGAGCUGGAGAAGAGAAGGGUCAAGGCCGAAGAGUGGGCGCGGUCCGUGUCCACGUACACGCUGGCCAAGGCCAAGCUGCACGUGCUGAGGGAGUUGGGGUCUGAUGACCGUGAGUUGACCGAAUGGUGGGAGGCCUUCAGGUCGUGUCACUAUCUUAGACAAGGUCAGACUGCACGUGCUGACCUCUGAUGACCGUGAGUUGACCGAGUGGUGGCGUGGGGGGGGGGAGGGGUGAGAAGAGGCCUUUACUCAAGGCUCUUCACUCUUCUAAUCACUCCACUAGUGUCAGCAGCAGUGUUAGGACUUAGGUCGGGACUGAAGCAACAACAACAUUCGUCUCAUAGGUCGGGACUGAAGCAACAACAACAACAUUCGUCUCACUGUUCAUUGUAUGGAGAUGGAGGCUUGUACUGACUAAUGAGACACCUCUGUUGGAGAUCACGAGCUAAACGCGAGGUUUCCAUGACAACACUUUAAGCCCGGCUUCACCCAUCAAUUUCUGCUGUUUAUAAUUACAGCACGUCUUAAGAUCAUCGUCAUAAACUACUUCAUUAUUUUUUUUUACUACCAUUCACACGCAAGUCUCCACCUACAUAAGUUCAUUCUCACCCAUGCUUUUAAGGUAGACAUAUAAAUUAAAUUUCUAAGAAGAUAAACAGAGUUUUUCACAUUUUAGAUUUAUUUUCAUAUUUCUUUUUACAACGUUGUUUUAGAUUCAUCAUAAUUCAUGUCAUGUGCGAUAACUCCAUGUACAAGUUAGAUAACUGCUGCAUUGUGCAACACAUGCAUGCACGUACUAGUUUAAUUAUAAUCAAUGGUCAGAAUACGUUUUUUUUAAUAGGUAAAAAAGAUGUGGUACUUAGUCAACAUCCUUUUAUAAAAACAUAUAUUUUAUAAACACAACUAAAUAUAAAAACCUCACAAAAUACCUUUAAGAGGGACAGUUCAGUAUAGUAGAGUAGGGGACAGGGCAUUCAUGAGUGUACAAAUUAAAGUUAGAAAACAAAUUGUAUUACAAACGAAGCAAUAUUUAUGAGUGAGUAUGUCAUGUGGUAA